AAAAAAGGUAGCUCCUUUUUUCUUCCUGCAUGUAAAUAUUACUUUCGUACGCUUUGGGUAGCUAAUUUCCAAUACAUUGUUAUAUAUGUGUAUAGACUCUGUGCUACACGUUUUAGGGAUAGGAAGCUUGCUGGCAAGUGUCUAGUGUGUAACAUUAACUAUGAUAUGAAACUUCGAGUCAUUCAACUGCUUUCCAGUUACUGUAGUUACCCAGAAUGCUAUCGUUCAAUCAAUUAUUGUGGCUAUUUUGUAGCCUAGCUUUUAUUUUACUAUCACAAUGCACCUAUGCAAAAUACUUAAAAAGCUCAUGUAAUACCUGCAAACAGAUAGCUGAUAACUUCAGUAAGGGAUUGGACCGAACGAAAAAGCAGAACUUUGGUGGAGGAAACACCGCUUGGGAGGAGAGGGCACUUUCCAAAUAUGAGACAAGUGAGAUCCGCCUAGUUGAGAUUCUGGAGAAUCUGUGUGACAGCAGCAGCUUUGACUGUAACCACAUGGUAGAGGAGCACGAGGACCACUUUGAGACCUGGUGGUUCAAGAGGCAAAAUAAGCAUCCUGAUCUGUAUAAGUGGUUUUGCGUUGAUACCAUCAAGGUGUGCUGUUCGACGGGAACGUUUGGCCCUGAUUGUAAUGCCUGUGUGGCGGGUUCUGAGAGGCCUUGCCAUGGCAACGGCGUUUGUGAUGGUGAUGGAACACGAGGGGGUAACGGCAGGUGCAACUGUGACCAUGGUUACAAGGGGGAGUUCUGUCUGGACUGCAUGGACGGAUACUUCAAUGAAAUUAGGAACGACACGUUUUCACUAUGCACAGAGUGCCACACCUCCUGCAAGACCUGCACUGGUCUAACCAAUGAGGACUGUGAGAAGUGCAAGACUGGCUGGGGGGAGGAUGAUGAGGGGACCUGUCUUGAUGUGAACGAGUGCUUGAACGACCCUCCUCUCUGCAAAGAGGAUCAGUACUGUCUGAACACGGAUGGCUCGUUCUCCUGUAAAGGCUGUGACGAGGUGUGUUCAGGCUGUACUGGGGCAGGGCCUGAUAAGUGCCAGAGCUGUGCUCCUGGGUACCAGGACACAGAGGGCACCUGCACAGAUGUGAACGAGUGUGAGCAGACUGAUGCUGUGUGUACUGCGGAGAACCAGGAGUGUUUUAACAACAAAGGAAGCUACAUCUGUAUCUGUGCCAGCAGGUACGAGGAACAGGAGGGAGUCUGUGUCAAAAUACCAGAGCCAGAGGAGAAUGAGGCAGAAAUAGUGAAACAUCCAGAAGAGCACGAAGACCUUUGACCUCAGGAAAUGAACUAAUAGGAACAAACCAGGAAGAGCAUUUGGAGUAAAUUAUGAGGUGGGUGUCACCCGUGAGACUACACCCCUAUAGCUCUCAGAAUAUAUUAAGACCACUCCCUUUAAAGCAUUGCGACUACAUGGCAGUUGAUCACUCGACAUGCAUACUGCACUAUUUACAGAUUUAUACCUGUCGAUCAUGGAUGGACAGCCAACAGAAUGGCUGAUAAAAUUAAAGAUUCAAUCCCCAACUACUCUGGUUCUUGUUUUUGCUGUGGUUAACCCAAGUGUUGUCUGUUUUUUAAAUUCAUGCAGGAUUUUGAAUGUUAGUCAAAUAAAGUUUGAGAACAGAAAUUA